AUGUGUUUCCUCCAUCGGUCAAUUUUUUUCUGUGUAAUAUUAAUCUAUUGUGUUGUAGGGAUACAAUCGCAGAUCAAAGAUAAUGCAAUUUCGGUUAAAGAUACAAUACCGAUAAAAAAUUCUGCAACCAGAAUAUUGACUGAUACUUUAUCGAAACGUGUAAUCGGAGGAGUUGAUGAUGAUAGAGAAAACAUAAAAACAACUUGUUGGGUUGAAGUGAAUUCGACAUCUAGUCUUCCUAAUAAUUUAUCAAGUCCUCUUGAAUGUGCACGUACAUGCAACAAUAAAGAAAAACCUAAGACAUGUUAUUAUCGUUUUGAAGCAGAGGUAUAUUCUUCACUUUCCAGGGCUUGCGAUUACUGCAAACCAAAUACAACAAACGUUUUUUGCAACAAUUGCCAAUGCGUACCUGUUGAUGGAAUAGGACGAACCAUUUUGACGAUAAAUCGUAUGAUACCCGGACCUUCUAUUGAUGUUUGCGAAGGCGACAAAAUAGUGGUUGACGUCGUUAAUAAUAUGGAAGGUGAGGGACUUACAAUCCAUUGGCAUGGAUUAUUUCAAAAAGGCUCUCAAUAUUAUGACGGUCCACUUGUAACUCAAUGCCCUAUUCCUGCACACAGUACAUUCAGAUAUCAAUUUAAUGCGAAUAAUGUGGGCACACACUUCUGGCACUCUCAUGUCGGAUUACAAAAAAUGGAUGGUAUCUUCGGAAGUUUAACUGUACGUCAAUCAGCAAAACGCGAUGUAAAUAGUUAUUUAUAUGAUUUUGAUUUGUCCCGUCAUAAUUUUAUAAUCAGUGAUUGGAUGCACGAACUGGCUUCAUCGCGUUUGCCUGGCAGUCUUUAUGAUACAAAAUUUCAAAAUCCGGAUUCGUUUUUAAUUAACGGCAAAGGUCGCUACGAGGAUCCAGAAAGUGGUAUAAUUAACACGGAGAUAUUUCGAGUGAAACGCAAUUAUCGUUAUCGAUUUCGUAUGGUAAAUGCAUUUUGUACGACCUGUGCAUCACUUUUAACCGUCGAAGGUCAUAAUCUUACAAUUAUAGCUGCAGAUGGUGUCCCGGUUAAACCCAUCGUAGUGGAUUCCAUAAUCAGUGCUUCAGCUGAACGUUAUGACUUUGUUAUAAAUACGAACAAUCGAGUUGAUUCCUAUUGGAUUCAACUUCGUGCAGUCGGAUCAUGCGAAAGAACAUCUAUUCAACAAUUAGCUAUAUUGCAAUAUGACGGUGCAUCGGAUGUACCGACAACACCUCCCCCUACUUUUAAUGCUUCACUUCCUGCAGGAAUCGUACUAAAUCCACUUGAUGAUAAGUGUGAUCCUUCAAGAACUGAUGCAAUUUGCAUGAGUAAUAUGGAAAGUGCAAUUCCAGUUGACAAAGGCAUUUUAAAAAAAAAACCAGAUGCCCAAUUCUAUUUAUCGUUCAAAUUCCAUCAAUAUGAUCUGCAGGAUCUCUUUGCGCCUAAUCAUUUUUAUAAAUUUAUAGUUGGGCCUGGUUUCACACAUACAGCUGCUGUUAUCAACGAUAUUAUGUUUCAAUUUCCGUCAUCACCACCACUCUCGCAAUUGAGAGAUAUUCCACCUGAUAGAAUCUGUAAUGAAACCCACAAACCGGAUAGCUGUGGGGAUGACAUAUGCAGUUGCACGCAUAUUAUAAAACUUCCGUACAAUGGUAUUAUCGAACUUGUCAUAGUUGAUGAAACUAAAAUUCCUAAUUUACAUCAUCCGUUCCAUUUACAUGGCUACGCUUUUAAUAUAAUGUCCGCGGGUGCGCCAAAUAAUGGAACAGGAACUACUGCAAAGGAAAUAAAAAUAUUGGACAAGAAAGGACUUCUGUCUAGAAGGAAAAUUUUACCACCAUUUAAAGACACUAUAGCUGUGCCAAAUAACGGUUACGUAAUUAUACGUUUCCGCGCGAAUAAUCCUGGCUAUUGGCUUCUCCAUUGUCAUUUUGUUUAUCAUCUAACUCUAGGUAUGGCUAAUAUAUUUCACGUCGACGGACCAGAUCUUCCACCUAUUCCGAAAGAUUUCCCCAAAUGUGGAAAUUUUGUACCGUCCAUAUCUCAUUAAAUAAAU